UCAUUAUAAUUAGAAAAAAACAUUGUUGCACGUGUGGUGGAGGUAAUACGAGUGCCCGUGAAAUCGUUAAAACGAGAAUAUCACGUCGUAAAUGCUGAUUUUUUGGAUUUUUUUUUUGGGUGACCUUGAAGGUCGGGGUCGUCUCAAAAUUGCUUAAAAUGAAAUUUGGGGCAACGCGCAUACUUUUAAUGUCACACUGUCUAUUUUUGCAUCGGAUCAAGUACAUACUUUUUGUUACGACAAAUAUAACUUUCUCAUGAAAUUUUAGAGAAUUAAAAUGGGGACGAAUUACUCAUCUUCGCGGUAGUAUUGACUAAUUCAACUGAAAUUAUCACAAAAAACGGCGGGAUAUCCGUUCGUGGAGUCAUUGGUGUGAUAACCACGUGGGAAGGUGAAUGUGUGAUCGAUAAGUCUAUAGCAACUGACACCACUGGAGCAUCGUAGUGGUCAUUAUUUAUUUAAUAUAAUUUUAUUAUGGGGAAUACAGAGAGUAACGUAACAAGUGGUGUUAAAAAACAAACUGAUACUUCGUCGAUAUUGUUGUAUAAAUUAGUUGAUUUGAAAGGCGGUGGACUGCUCGUUGACAUGAUGAAGAGGGCAACGCAAACAAAACAGUACGCCGAGCUGGAUCACGCGAUAAGGACCAAGGUUGAGCCCUUUCUCUACAAUAAAGGAAAAGGAAAAUGGAUUCCAAUUUCCAAGCUCGUUUUGUUAAGAAAUAAAGAACGACCCCGGCAUAAAAUGCUUCCGGUGCUCAAAGCCAUGGAAAAUCCCUCUGAUUAUGAUGUCGAUGUCGAUAUGAAGGACGAAGUGAUCGACGAAACAAAAAUCGAUAAAAACAAAUACAGACUCGUCUGCUGGAAUUUGAGUGAUCGUGGGGCAGUUGGUGAAACGAUUUUGCAUCUGUGCAUGCUCAACGCCACUGCACUUCAUGCUGAUCUGGCUAAACGACUAUUACGCUUCUAUCCGAACCUUAUUAAUGAUGUUUAUCUGAGUGAUGAAUAUUACGGAGAGAGUGUACUGCAUAUUGCUAUUGUUAAUGAGGACCCAGCGAUGGUGAAAUAUCUGUUGGAUAGUGGAGCAGAUGUCCACGAACGUUGUUUUGGAAAUUUCAUGUGUCCGGAGGACCAAAAGGCCUCGAGGACAGACAGUCUCGAUCAUGAGUGGCCUUGUGUCACACCCGAAACUAAUUAUGACGGAUAUGUUUACUGGGGUGAAUAUCCGCUGAAUUUUGCCGCUUGUCUGGGCCAGGAGGAGUGCUAUCGUCUGGUGUUGGCCAGAGGUGCUGAUCCAGACAAACAAGAUACUAAUGGUAACACCGUACUCCACAUGCUGGUGAUUUAUUCCAAAGUGACCACUUUUGAUAUGGCUUAUGAGGUCGGCGCAUCCCUGGCGAUUCGGAACAAUCAACACUUGACGCCACUGACGCUUUCAGCUCGAUUAGCCAGAAUCGAAAUGUUCUUCCACAUUAUGAAUAUCGAGAGGGAAAUUUAUUGGCAAAUUGGCAGCAUAACUUGUGCUGCAUAUCCAUUGUCCCAGUUUGAUACAAUUGAUGUCAAUAAUGGAACCAUCAAUAACAAUUCAGCCCUGAAUUUAGUGGUUUUUGGGGAAACUGAGGAACAUUUGGAACUCAUGGACGGAGUUCUCGUCGAUUUAUUAAACGCAAAGUGGAAUACUUUCAUCAAAUCGAGAUUCUAUCAACAAUUUUUUCUCUUCUGUUUUUACUUCGUCUUAUCUCUGAUAAGUUUUGUUCUUCGUCCCGGUCCUUCCCCAAGUAAUUCAUCUAGGAAUUCCACGAAACCCACUUCAAGCUCUGAUAUGAGCUCAAGUGCCUUUCCACCAGCUACUUCUGCCAGCGCUGAUGGCACCCUUGGCGCCCUUGGCAAAAGCCAAGAAUUUGGUCAACUCUCCAGGGUUGUUCGACAAUUAGCAACUACUUUGGCAAAUAAUUUCAUGGCGAGUGUCAAUGUCACACCCGCCAAUGUCGAGAAUUUUAUCACGAAAAUUUCAGAUAAUUUUACAUUAACAUUGAAGGAUGCUUUUAACUCUGACCUCGUUGAUAAUUCUGGACUGAAUGUCUUCGAGGGAAAGAAGAAUGAGAGUGUUCAUGAACAGGUGACACCUUCUGCCUUCAUCAUGGACUCCGCACUUGAUGAGGAAUGGUGGGAGGAUUUAACAGAAGUCUGCAGGCUAAUGCAACUCGACUCAUCAACAGCAAAAAUAAGAUUAACAGCCGAGAUUUUUAUGGAAUUUGGUGCAAUGCUGUACAUACUAGCAGCACUCCGAGAGGCCCGAUUUCUGGGACUCAACAUGUUCAUCGAGAACCUCAUGACAGCUCCAUCGCGCGUGAUGUUCCUCUUCUCUUGUUGCAUUCUAAUGUCAUUUCCAUUCUUGCGUCUUGCUUGCGCUGACAAAGUGGAGGAUAUGCUGGCGGUUGUUGUUAUGCUCACGACAGCCCCGUACUUUCUAUUUUUCUGUCGAGGAUUCAAGACAGUGGGGCCUUUCGUCGUUAUGAUUUACAGAAUGAUCAUGGGAGAUCUGCUACGAUUUGUCACAAUUUAUCUCGUUUUUGUUAUGGGAUUUUCGCAAGCGUACUACAUAAUUUUUUUAUCCUUCGAUAAUCCCCAAACCCCCGAAGGGGUUGACGACACGACAAGCAAUCCCAUGCCAUCUCCAAUGGAGAGCAUAAUGGCAAUGUUCCUCAUGAGCAUGACGAAUUUCGGUGACUACUAUGGAGCAUUCGAGAGAACCGAGCACGAGAUGGAGGCCAAGUGCCUCUUCGUCGUAUACAUGGCCAUAGUGGCAAUCCUCCUGGUGAACAUGUUGAUAGCGAUGAUGGGGAAUACCUACCAAAAAAUAGCGGAGACUCGAAACGAGUGGCAGCGACAAUGGGCGAGGAUCGUUCUAGUUGUUGAGAGAGGUGUUGCCCCUGCGGAGAGGCUCAAGAAGCUCAUGGAUUAUUCACAACCCAUGUCUGAUGGACGGAGAGCACUUGUCCUACGAUUACAUCAAUCCGAGGAAGAUAAGGAGGACAUGAAGGAGAUUUUGGAGAUGAAGAGGACUCAUGAGAGACUUUACAAGAAAAGAAUGGCUCGGAUGAAGAAAGAGGGCGAUGAUGGUAUCGUCGAGAGUGUUAAAUAGAUUUUUCAUUCUUCUUCUUAAACUGAUUUAUCAACAUUAAAUUGUUAUUUGUGAAUAAAAAAUAUUUUUUUCCAAAUAUCCAGUGAAUUUGUCUUUGAAUUUAUCAUGCGGCACUAAUUAUCAUUGAGGUUCCUGCACAUUAAUUGUUAGAGUGAUUUAAGCUGUAAAGAUCUGCAAAAAUCAAGUUAAAUCUUGAACAGAGAAAUG